GUUUAAAACAAAUAUGUAUUUAAUAGUUAUACAGAUACAUUGUAGGUGUACAUAAAAGUAAUACAACAGAUAUCGUAAAGCUGGUCAAUCUAAACCAUGCCACAAGAAGUUGGAUGUUGCACUAAGUAUUUUUUGUUCAGUUUUAACAUCUUGUUCUGGAUAAUUGGACUAUGUCUACUUGGAGCAGGAAUCUGGGCAUGGAGUGAAAAGGGUUUCUUCGACAACUUAACAGCCAUCAGCAGCUUACCUAUCGACCCUGUGUUGGUUGUGAUCAUCAUCGCACUGGUUAUGUUCUUGCUUAGUUUCUCUGGUUGUCUAGGUUCCUUAAGAGAGAAUAUUUUUCUGCUUAAAUGUUUCUCCAUUUGUCUCGGUGUAAUUUUCUUUGCUGAGCUGAUUGCUGGAAUCCUCGGCUUCGUAUAUAAGGAUUGGUUCCAUCAACAGUUUGCCAUCUUCGUCAAUAAAACCAUUAAAGGUUACAGGGAUGACCCCGACCUACAAAACAUCAUCGAUUUUUCUCAAGAAUAUUUAAAAUGCUGCGGUGGUGACACUGGCGUUGCUGACUGGGACAACAACAUUUACUUUGAUUGUGCCAGCAACAUCUCGUUUAACGACGUGUUUCUCAAACCUGCUGAAUCUUGUGGUGUACCAUUCUCAUGUUGUAUCAAACUAGGCACAAGUAAUGUAGUGAAUACACAGUGUGGAUACGGCCUGAGAGACCCUGGAGUAACGGCAUCGGAGCAAGUCACCAAAAUUUACACUUCGGGAUGCAUUACACAGUUUGGUGAUUGGUUGAAAACAAAUCUAUACACCGUUGCUGGAGUAUUUAUUGGUGUUGCAUUAAUACAAAUAGUUCCAAUCUGUUUUGCUCAGAAUCUCAUUAGCGACAUUCAAGCAGUGAAAGCAGGAUGGUAAUGAAUUUUAGUUAAAGUAUUAUUGAAUUAAUGUUAUUAUCAGAUGCCAUAUACACAAUAUAAGCACAUUCAUUUUUUGACCGAGACACAAACUAUUAAAUCAAGGAAUUAAAAUUGUUGGACAAAAGUAAUUUCACAAUUCUCAGUCGUAACCACAUUGCAUGAAUUUUUUAUCCUUUCUUUGUAAUGUUUCUCCCUCUAAAAAUCGUGCCUACGCCUCUAUGUUACGCUGUCCUUUAUUUUUGCAUAUGAUGUUGCCGUUUUUAAUUUGUCAAUAUCAACAUUUCCUAUUUUAACUACUAAAACUUGUAUUUGGAUCAAAUCUUGUGUUGUCUGUUUUUAACAAAUGAGCUACUGCCACUUUUUUUCGUAAGAUGACAGGAGAUUGUCAAAUUUCGACACCGUGUAUUGAAGCGGUGAGUAUUAUCAAUGAACUUCUAUAUUAAAUAUCCAGAAAGUAUGAAAGUAAUGAACACACACCAACCACAAACUAUUAAAAGUGCAAUUUCCUCAAUAUGUAUUUUCUUUGAAAGAUUUUUACGAUGGCCUUUUGGUUUGUUGUAGUUUUUAUUUUACAAAAGUGAACUGAUUCAGCUGUAACGUUUGCUGAUUUAAUUCCCAUAAAUUAAACUAGUCUUAUCAGCCGAUUCUUUUGUAAUUCUCCAUGUAAUAUAUAAAUUAACUUUAGGUACCUCAAAUUUGCCUGUUUCAUAAUUUCCAUCUCUUCGUUAAUGUGUUUUUCAAAUCCUGAUAUUUCUUAUUUACGGACAAAGGAAAGGAUUGUUUUAUAUCAGCAUCACAAACACUGUUGUUUGUAUACUUUGGUCAGUUUUUAAGUUACUUAUUAAUGUGUAAACAAGUAUAAAACAUUGUUGCAUCAUUGUUAUAGCGUUGUAAAUAUUUCAUACUGUUUAUCAACUUAAAUUUGUUUUCGUGCAUAUUUAGUCUCAUUUUACAUUUAUGUACUGUUGUAUUUAUGCUAUAUCAAUACCAUUUAGUUAUAUCAUCAGUUUGUUUUUACCUGGUUGCCUAAAUAAAUGGCAUCCCAUAAAAUAAAUAUUGCUGAGGUUUA